CGUCCCAGAGGCCGUAUUUUGGGGGGCCGAGACGCCCCCCGGCGCCCGUACAUGGCCUCCCUCCAACUGAACGGGAAGCACCUCUGUGGGGGCUUCCUCAUCGCCGACCAAUGGGUCCUGAGUGCCGCCCACUGCCUGGAGGACGCGGGCAACGGGACUUUUGAGGUCCUCUUAGGGGCACGAUCUCUCUCUCUCCCCGAGCCCCACAAGCGCCUGUACGGGGUCCGCCAGCUGGUCGCUCACCCCGGGAGCCACCGAGACACCAACCACGACGACCUCUUGCUCGUACAGCUGGAAGAGGCGGCCUCCCUGAACCCGGACGUGCAGGUGCUGGCUUUCCAACGGCAGGGGAGCGGGGACGUCCCCGAAGGUACCCUCUGUGAGGUGGCCGGCUGGGGAAUCACCCGCAACACGGGAAAGCGUCCGGACGCGUUGCAGCACGUGGAGCUGGCGGUCAUCGGCCGCGCCAAAUGCAACCAGCGGGUUCAUCACGACGGGGAGGUGACGGAGAAAAUGAUGUGCGCCGACUCCAGGAAAAAAGACUCCUGCAAGGGUGAUUCGGGGGGACCCCUCGUCUGCAACGGCGUCGCCGAAGCCGUCGUGUCUACCGGCUCGCGAGUUUGCGGAAACUGGAAGAAGCCUGGGAUCUACACCCGAACCGCUCCCUACGCCGAAUGGAUCGACGGAGUCUUGGCCAACGCAACCAGCAGAUCCCUUGCGGCCGUUUAAGCGCCGAUAGCCGGAGGCAUCUCGGGGGAACCCGCAAAUUUUAAGAUGCAAAAAUUAGAUUUUGCAUGUCUUUCCCCCCUCCCACAUUCCAGGCUUCACUUCUCCACAGAUCUGCAAAAAUCCUUCGGUGUUUCAGCACCAUUUCCUCCUUUUUUUCGUACGCGGCUCUGACCGAUAACCCCUCGCUAUUUCCCGCAAGCGGUAAUUUCUCCGGGCGCGAGGCGUUUCCCGCACGUCGCUUGCACUGGCGCGCUCGUCGUUAUCGAACGAUUUCCUGCGUUUUUGCAAAAGCGCGCCGCGGAGUUCGUAUCGGCGUCGCUGGCUGCGUUCCGGCUUGCAGGUUCCUUUGGAAAGCGCGGUUUUGACGAUUUCCCCUCCGAAUGCAAACGGUGUCGCCGUCCCCAGGGGCGUGAGAAUUACCGUAGCCGUGUUGGUCUGCUAUUGU